CUAAGUGAAAUAUUUGUGUAAUUUUUUUAAAGAGAUUUAAAGAUUUUGACACACUAGAUGUCAUAAAAAUUAAAACUUAGCUUUAGUUUUGCAAUUGUGUCAUGGAAUUAGAAAUCUAUGAAGCAAAUUUAGCGGAUAUUGCGCUACAAGAACAAACAUUUUAUGAAACAAAGCCAACAUUUGAGGAACUUCAAAUGGCAAGUCAGUUAUUAAACAGUACACUAGCAUCUCAAAAUGGCCAUUCCGGAACGUUUACAUCACCAUCAACCUUUCCAAUUCUACAACCGAUUCUCAAUACCGGUAAAGGGAAAAAGAAAAAAUCGGUCAAGUUCUUAACUUAUGUUCAGGGAUACGAUGGAUCGCCAAUGCUUCUCAAAGAGGAGCCUGAUGAUGGACCAAGAUGUAUCCAAAAAGUUCCCAGCUUAUCAGAUUUAUCUGAAGAAUCAUGUGAUCAACCGCAGAUGCCACCGCUGACGCCUGGAACAAAUAAGAAACUGACUGAAGCUCUACAUGCAUCGUUUGCGUCCUGGGAAAAAGAAGUACAAUCAUAUAAAAUUACCAAAGAUCCUCGUCAAUGGACACCCGAGCAUGUUCUAAUCUGGCUCAACUGGGCCAAGAAAGAAUUUUCAUUAGAAAUUAAUAGUUUUGAAGCAUUUUUCAAAAUGCAUGGACGUGAUAUUGUAGGACUGGGUCGUGAAGGUUUCUUAGCAGUUGCACCGAUGUACACGGGAGAUAUUCUCUGGGAACAUUUAGAAAUUUUAUUAAAAGAUUGUGAAAAGUCAUCGUCGAAUGACGGACAGAAUUUAUAUGAAAAUGUAAACACAAAUACAACGACAUCAUCAACGGACUUAAGUGAUUUCAUUAGCAAUAGUAGUACUAGCAAUACACCGACAACAAAUACGAAUUCAUCAUCAAAUAACAAUAGUAGCAACAAUAGCAAUCAAUUAAAUGGACAAGAUAACUUUCCUGCUGGUGGCUAUACAACAUUACAUGAUCGUAAUGAAAAUAACUCAACACCACCAUCAUCAACUACAACACAAAUGUCUUAUUUGUCAAUGAAUUCACUCAGGAACGGUAGCAAUAGUGGGAAUGCUGGCAAUCAAAAUAGCAUCUAUCCAAUGCUUAAGGAAGAGAACAAUAGUAGCAGCAGUGGAAAUAAUUCAUCUAAUUAUCCUAGCUUAAGUGAAUUAUCGAAUUAUGGCAUUUCACAUCAUUCAUCGACAUACGAUGAUCAACCACAAGACUAUCAAUCACUGCAACAAUCAUCACCAUAUCUUGAGAGUUCACCAGAGUUUUAUGCUGGACUUAAUACUGAAUCCAAAUACAUGCCAUCGGCACAUUUUAAGAAUUCAAGCUCAGGACCAAAUGGAAUUUAUUCGCGAGUACCACGCUAUAGUGGACCAAAUGAUAAUUAUAAUGAUUUCUCAUCAUAUGAGGCUGGUCAACAAUUCCAGCAAGUACCUGGUAGUGCAGCACCAACGGCAAAUAAUCAACAGUCAAGCUCAUCAAGUGAAUGGAAUAUUUCACCACAUCAUCCGCAUCAUCCUGAAUUUCAUCCCGCACAUAAUCAUCAUCAUACAUCAUUAUCACAUCAUGGACAUCAUCAGCAUCAAAAUUUCAUGAGUCCAUUAAAUUUGGAUAAACAGCUAUUAAAUAAUUACAGUAUGCUGCAAAAUAAUAACAAUAAUAAUGGUCUUAGCAAUCCUCUGUGUGGAACUCUAUUACCUGCUGCCCUAUCCGCAAAUGGACAACCAUGUUUCACCGGAUCUGGACCCAUACAAUUAUGGCAAUUUUUACUUGAACUCCUCACAGAUAAAUCUUGUCAGAGCUUCAUCUCAUGGACGGGUGAUGGAUGGGAAUUCAAACUCACGGAUCCUGAUGAGGUGGCAAGAAGAUGGGGCAUUCGUAAAAAUAAACCAAAAAUGAAUUAUGAGAAGCUGAGUCGUGGUCUUCGUUACUAUUAUGAUAAAAAUAUUAUUCAUAAAACUGCUGGAAAGCGAUAUGUUUAUCGAUUCGUAUGUGAUCUACAGGCACUUCUUGGACUUUCACCCGAAGAAGUUCACAAAAUGGUUGACUUAAAAACAGACAAGAAAGAUGACGAUUAAGCACCAUUAGGGCAAGAUAUGAAUUGUUUUUAAUGGGGGGAGCUUCCAUUCAUGAAUCAUGAAUAAAAACAAAUUGAACUUUUCAUGUGCCUUAAAGAUUUUUUUCAAAAAAAGAGAAAGAGCCACAAAAAAAAUUUAUCAGAGUUCUUAAAAAUAGUAAAUUUCUUCCUACAUACAGCAUAAAAACUACACUUUCUGGUUGACCUGUUGUACAUACAAAAAUCGUUUGAGCUUCUACUUGAUGAUGAUGAUGAAACAACAACAUACUUUUUUGUGAUAACUUAUAAGAACUUUUUAGAUGUUUAGUUUCCUUCUUACUUUAAAAUUUAC